AUGAUUCGUUCAGUGUUAGCUUCAGUGUCGCCACUUCGUCAGAUACUUGCAAGUCAACUUUGCACGUCCUCUAUUACGUUAGCUGGCAUUCGACCUUUGGGUCCAAAAAACAAAGCACCUGAUUUUUCUGGCACAGCAGUUGUAAAUGGAGAUUUUAAAACAAUUAGCAUGAAAGAUUACAAAGGAAAAUGGCUUAUCCUGUUUUUUUAUCCUCUUGACUUUACCUUCGUUUGUCCAACCGAAAUUACUGCCUUUAGCGAUCGAUGUGCGGAGUUUCAGAAAUUAAACACAGAACUGAUUGCAUGUUCGUGCGAUUCACAUUUCUCACAUCUAGCAUGGAUUCAAACCCCACGUAGUGAAGGUGGUCUCGGUGACAUGAAGAUUCCAGUGCUUGCAGACUUUAAUAAAGAUAUAGCGAAUGCAUUCGGUGUCCUUGAUCAUGAAACAGGUAUCUCAUAUAGAGGUUUGUUCUUAAUCGAUCCAAGUGGUGAAAUCCGUCAUUCUCUCGUGAAUGAUCUUUCGGUUGGUCGUAGUGUGGAUGAAGCAUUUCGUACGCUAAAAGCCUUUCAGUUUGUGGAGAAACAUGGUGAAGUAUGUCCGGCAAACUGGUCCGAUGAUAAGCCAACAAUUAAGCCCGGCAUCAAGGAGUCCAAGGAGUAUUUCAAAAAGGUCGAUGGUCAUACAUAA